AGGUCGUUGGAAUUACAAACUGUUUCAGCAGAUAUGGUGUGUUUUAUUUAGAAUUAAAAAGUGAAAAUUAUAAUCAAAAGAAGUUUGAGUUGCUGUAUCCAUAUCCACAGUUAUGCCUACGGAAUGGAGUAUCCUGAGGAGUUAGCGUUGUCCAUACCACCGUUUCUAAAGCAAAGACUAGAAGACGAUUGCUUCUGGGUAUUACGUAGAAGCAAGUUGGUCAGUCUGCCUGCUGAGACCAGUGUAACCAGCCUAUUGAGAGGCUACUAUCAAUACUCACUCAUCAACCCACCACAAGACACAAAUCACAGUGUUGGGCUCCUGGCUGAAGUACUGGAUGGUCUCAAGGUCUACUUUGACUUCACCCUCUCUGAUCACCUCCUCUAUUCUCAAGAGAAGGCACAGUUCAAGCAUCUCUGUGAGGAGGAGGGUUUCGGACGUGCCACUGUUGUCAAUAAGAUCCCUCUGGCACACAUUAACAACAAGGCUGUCAGCAAUCACACACCCACACACUCCACUCCUCACACUCCUCACAAGCACCCCUCCGAUGUGUACGGGGCUGAACACUUUCUGAGACUGUUUGUAAGACUACCAAUGUUUCUAUCACAAGCACAACUCUCCACCGCCCACACACACACCAUACACACUCAUAUCAAGGACCUUCUAGAAUACAUGGUGAGUCAGGACGGACUGUUCUCUGAUAGUCAUUACCAUGACAACGGUACACCUCAUACCAACGGACUUGUGGACUCUGACCCCAUGAGCACAGAACAAUAAACUAGAAUUCUCCCAAUCAUAAGUCUCUAGUACAAUCUCUCUGUACAUGUCAUAAUCAUGUUGUUGUUGUCAAGUAUUAUUUUGACUGUUUGAUGUUUGAUCAUAGAAAACAG